CAUUAUCAGAGUCUUAAAUGUGAGGCUCACUCUUCCUUUCCAACACGGUAUAAAAACAAAGCCAUAGGUGUGAGUUCACAUCCUUCUCUAUUCUCGGUUAUGUAUGUGUUCCAUUUUCUUGGGAUUCAGAACUCACAAUCUUCAAUGACCCUUUGAUCUUCUUCUUCUUCUUCUUCCACACCCUUUUUGCUCGGUUCUUGUUUCUUCAAUCUUUCUUCUUCUUCUACUCUAGUUUGCUAGCUCUCUCCGGUGGACGGAGGUUUGCUUAGGCUGAAAAACUAUGGCUGCUGAAAAGGCCACCAUCUCCCUAGAGGAGAUCAAGAACGAAACCGUUGAUCUGGAACGAAUUCCAGUUGAAGAAGUGUUCGAGCAAUUGAAAUGUACCAGGGAAGGAUUGUCCUCUGCUGAAGGUGCCAGCAGGCUUCAAAUAUUUGGACCAAACAAGCUAGAAGAGAAAAAGGAAAGCAAACUUCUCAAGUUUCUUGGGUUUAUGUGGAAUCCCCUGUCAUGGGUUAUGGAAGCUGCAGCCAUUAUGGCCAUUGCUCUUGCAAAUGGUGAUGGCAAGCCCCCGGAUUGGCAAGAUUUUGUAGGUAUUGUUUGCUUGUUGGUCAUCAACUCCACCAUCAGUUUCAUUGAAGAAAACAACGCCGGAAAUGCCGCCGCCGCACUUAUGGCCGGUCUUGCUCCUAAAACAAAGGUUCUUAGAGAUGGCAAGUGGACUGAAGAAGAGGCUGCAAUAUUAGUCCCCGGAGAUGUCAUAAGCAUCAAGCUUGGAGACAUUGUACCGGCCGACGCUCGUCUUCUAGAAGGUGAUCCGUUAAAGAUUGAUCAGUCAGCUCUUACCGGAGAGUCCCUUCCGGUGACCAAGAACCCCGGAGAUGAAGUCUUUUCUGGCUCAACUUGCAAGCAAGGUGAAAUUGAAGCCGUUGUCAUUGCAACCGGAGUCCACACAUUCUUCGGAAAGGCUGCUCACCUUGUUGACAGCACCAACCAAGUUGGACACUUCCAGAAGGUUCUAACCGCCAUUGGAAACUUCUGUAUCUGUUCCAUUGCGGUUGGCAUGCUGGCUGAGAUCAUUGUCAUGUAUCCAAUUCAGCACCGAAAAUACAGAGAUGGAAUUGACAAUCUUUUGGUUCUCUUGAUUGGUGGAAUCCCCAUUGCUAUGCCUACUGUGUUGUCUGUAACAAUGGCCAUUGGAUCUCACAGGCUUUCGCAACAGGGCGCCAUCACGAAGCGAAUGACUGCCAUAGAAGAAAUGGCUGGAAUGGAUGUGCUUUGCAGUGACAAGACAGGAACACUCACACUUAACAAGCUUAGUGUUGACAAGAACUUGAUUGAGGUCUUUACUAAAGGAGUGGACAAGGAUCAUGUGAUCCUUCUCGCCGCGAGAGCUUCCAGGACUGAAAACCAGGAUGCCAUUGAUGCUGCUAUUGUUGGAAUGCUUGCAGAUCCUAAAGAGGCAAGGGCUGGAAUCAGAGAGGUUCACUUUUUACCUUUCAAUCCUGUUGACAAGAGAACUGCUCUGACUUACAUUGAUGCUGAUGGAAACUGGCACCGUGCAAGCAAAGGCGCUCCGGAGCAGAUCAUGAACUUGUGUAAUCUAAGGGAUGAUGCUAAGAAGAAGGUUCAUGCCAUUAUUGACAAGUUCGCCGAAAGAGGCCUUCGUUCCCUAGCCGUUUCAAGACAGGAAGUUCCUGAGAAAAGCAAGGACAGCCCUGGAGCUCCAUGGCAGUUUGUUGGUUUGUUGUCACUAUUUGAUCCACCAAGGCAUGACAGUGCCGAAACCAUUCGCAGGGCUCUUAAUCUCGGUGUAAAUGUCAAGAUGAUUACAGGUGAUCAACUCGCGAUUGCUAAGGAGACAGGCCGAAGACUUGGAAUGGGAACAAAUAUGUACCCAUCUGCUUCCCUUCUUGGCCAAGACAAAGAUGCAAGUAUCGCUGCACUUCCGGUCGAAGAGUUGAUUGAGAAAGCCGAUGGAUUUGCCGGAGUCUUUCCAGAGCACAAGUAUGAGAUCGUGAAGAAGUUACAAGAGAGGAAGCACAUUUGUGGUAUGACUGGAGAUGGUGUGAACGAUGCUCCUGCCUUGAAGAAGGCCGAUAUUGGAAUCGCUGUCGCUGACGCCACUGAUGCUGCAAGAAGUGCUUCUGAUAUUGUGUUGACUGAACCUGGAUUGAGUGUUAUAAUUAGUGCUGUCUUAACUAGCAGAGCUAUUUUCCAGAGAAUGAAGAACUACACGAUUUAUGCAGUGUCUAUCACCAUCCGUAUUGUGUUUGGCUUCAUGUUUAUCGCAUUGAUCUGGAAAUUCGAUUUCUCUCCUUUCAUGGUUCUGAUCAUUGCCAUUCUUAAUGAUGGGACAAUCAUGACAAUUUCAAAGGACAGGGUUAAGCCAUCUCCUUUGCCUGAUAGCUGGAAACUGAAGGAAAUUUUCGCUACCGGAAUAGUUCUUGGAGGUUACUUGGCUCUCAUGACUGUUAUAUUCUUCUGGGCAAUGAAAGAAACUACAUUCUUCCCUGACAAAUUCGGAGUUAGACCUCUGGAUAAAAGCCCUGAUGAAAUGACGGCUGCAUUGUACCUACAAGUUAGUAUUGUCAGCCAAGCUCUAAUAUUUGUAACGCGUUCGCGCAGCUGGUCAUAUGUGGAACGCCCUGGAUUGCUUUUAGUUAGUGCCUUCAUUAUUGCUCAACUGAUUGCUACAAUUAUAGCAGUGUAUGCCAACUGGGGCUUUGCAAAGAUCAAGGGAAUUGGUUGGGGUUGGGCUGGAGUCAUCUGGCUCUACAGUCUUGUCUUCUAUGUUCCACUUGACUUAAUGAAGUUCGCCAUUCGCUACAUCUUAAGUGGCAAAGCUUGGCUCAAUCUCCUCGAAAACAAGACUGCCUUCACCACCAAGAAAGACUAUGGCAAGGAAGAGAGGGAAGCUCAAUGGGCUCUUGCUCAAAGAACCCUUCAUGGACUCCAACCACCGGAGACUUCUAGCAUCUUCAAUGAAAAGAACAGCUACAGAGAAUUGUCUGAAAUUGCUGAACAAGCUAAGAGAAGAGCUGAAGUUGCAAGGCUUCGUGAGCUUCACACGCUUAAAGGACACGUCGAAUCCGUGGUGAAGCUGAAAGGUUUGGACAUUGACACAAUCCAGCAGCACUACACUGUGUAAUAAACGACAGCAUUAGUCGAAACUCGCUGUAGAUAGAAACAAAAAGAAGGGCCAAGAAUUCAAAAAAUGGCAUGUGUGUAAGAAGAAACCAAGGAGGAAGGCCUAACUAUUUAAAAACGCUUACUAGGUUUAGGGAGAGAGGAAGCCUCUGAUCAUAUUACAUAAAUCUGCCUCUCUCUCUGUCUGUUUAUUUUUUUUUUUUCCGUCUGUUUUCUAGCGGCGGCGAAAGCGGUGUCUAAGCUUUCAUUUUGUUUUGAAUCUUAGAAGGAGAAUGUUGACAUGGUUCUGGGUCUAUACUCAUCCAUCUUGUGUUCUUCAUGUUUGUUGUAAUGCUACUUCAAAAGUGGCAGUGAUCACAUAAUGAACUUGAAUGUUUUUACCUUAUUUUUGUGGUGGGAGAAUAAGAGCUAAUGGAAGUUUUCACGGCAUCA